AUGGAUGACGCCAAAACACUCGUCAAGAAAGCCGUGCGCGUAUUCUACAGCUCCGAACAAGCCAUCGUAAUUGAGGUCUUAUCACAUCACGAAAUGCGUGAGCUCAACGAAGAUGAGUCAUACGUCUAUCUCGACUACCACCAAGCCGUUUACGCCAUUCAUCACAUUAUCCACGAAUUAAGACGCCGGAUUCUCGGUACAAACAAGCGGGAAUCAUCAACAGAGAUCGUGAGAUACUAUACUUGCCCCAAAUGCCUUAGCAGUUGGCCGUUGAUCGAUGUUAUCGACAACGCAGACCGUCAUGGUGGCUUCUUGUGCAAGCGAUGCGUGACACCGAGUCUUUUGCGUGAAGAACCCCUCACAACGGACCUGCUACCACGCUUCAACCAACAGUUCGCGCCUUUCAUACAGAUACUAGAGCGUCUUGACAUCAGCAAGAUUCCAAGGGUUGUGUUCGAGGAUCUCUAUGCACACAAUUACGGUGAGGGUGACGGUGCUCUCAAAAGACAGUGCUCCUGAUUUUUGGUGGCUUUCUUGUGAAUUUAUUUUUUUACCCCUUCUCUUUUCUACUAUGUUGGACCCGGAAUAAUGAACUGUGAAUCGGCGCUAGAAGAUGCAUAGCCUCGUGCCCACGCUUGACAGACGAUGCC